UAUAUUGUUCAAAAUGUGAAACUAAAUAGAAUGUUUAAAAUCAUGCUCUAAUUUCGGUACAUCAAACAUAUAUUAUUUUAUUUUAAAAUUGUGAAAUUUAUAUUUUAUGUAAAUUAAUUUUGCUAAAUUUGAUAGUUACUGUCAUUAACAUUGUGCGGGUAUGCAACAACUGCAGAUAUGCGGUGAACAGCUGUUUGGCAAUGUUUAAAAUAAAAGAAUUCUGUUGGAAAUGCUACAAACACCUAAUUUACGAUAUGUUAGCAGGAAACUGUGGGUGCCGAGACAAUUCCAUAGCAAGCGUUCCACAGCCCAAAGCCAAGUUAGAUCCCAUUUCAAAUGGCGUAAUGUGUCCUACGUAAGAUUGGGAAGUCUGCUCGCUUGUGCCUGCGCUAUUGGUUACGAUGGGGUUGUCAACGACUUCACAUACUGUGGAUCAUUUGUGCGCUUCGGGAGGUCUCUGAAGACCGCCACACUGAUAGCCGUAGAUUAUUUGGGGCUGAACGAGAUUGAUCCAGAUUAUGAGCAGAAGAGAAAAGUGGUGCAUCAAACCAGUGCCAACCGUUUAUUGGAAACAUGUCUGCUUAAUGGUGGUCUCUAUAUAAAAGUGGGCCAGGGAUUUGCAGCCAUCAAUCAUAUAUUGCCCAUUGAAUACACGGAAACAUUGGCAAAGCUUCAGGAUAAAUGCCUGCCAACAUCAAAGGAGGAUAUACAGAAAGUGUUUCGGAAGGAUUUUGGCAAACUGCCCGAGAAGAUUUACAAGGAAUUCGACUACACACCUGUUGCGGCAGCCAGCUUGGCGCAGGUCUUCAAGGCGAGAUUGCAUAACGGACAGCAGGUGGCUGUGAAAGUCCAGUAUAGCGAUUUACAGAAGCGGUUCAUCAGCGACCUGGCUACGAUUAUCUUUCUGCAGGACUUAAUUGAGUUGAUUUUCAAAGACUACAAUUUCGGUUGGAUAUUGAACGAUCUGCGCAAGAAUCUUGUUCAAGAGCUGAACUUUGAGCAAGAGGGUAAGAACGCAGAGCGCUGCGCCAGGGAUCUUCGCAAUCUGAGCUACGUACAUGUGCCCAAAGUGUAUUGGGGAUUCACCAAGAAACGCGUGCUUACCUUGGAAUGGAUUGAUGGCGUUAAAGUUAGCGAUUUGGCGAGCAUUAAGAAGCUCGGCCUUAGUCUAAAAGACGUUGAUCAAAAGCUUUUCACAAUGUGUGCUCAACAAAUCUUUAAAUCGGGGUUUGUCCAUGCAGAUCCCCAUCCCGGCAACAUAUUUGUGCGUAAAAACAAGCGAAACGGCAAAGCGGACAUUGUAAUACUCGAUCACGGACUCUAUGAAGAGAUGCCACGUAGCGUGCGCGUCGCUCUGUCUCAAUUCUGGGUGGCCUCUGUGCAGCGAGAUGAGAUGGGCAUGAAGGCCGCCGCUCGUAGGAUGAAUGUUGUCGAUUAUAUGAAGUUUGCCUCAGUGCUUUUCCAACAGCCUGUGACAAUUGAGGGGCCGAGAAUACGCAGCAAACUCACGCAGGAGGACGUCGAUCAUAUACAGAAGGUGGCCAAGGAACAGUUUGAAAUAAUUAUGAGUACACUGAGGGAGAUGCCGCGCUGUUUGCUCUUUGUGACCCGAAAUUUGAAUACUGUUCGCGCCAUUAGUAAUAUGCACGGUGACGUGGUGGAUAGACCCUGCCUCAUGGCACGCUUUGCACAGCGCUCCAUCUAUGAUCACAGUAGCCGAUCGCCGCUGGAGUACUUCAAUUGGCUGACCCGCCGCGUCUACUUUGAAUAUUGCUUGUGGAUAUCUGCAUUUAAAAUUCGCUUGAUUGAUUGGUAUUUGAAUUUCUUAUAUCUGGUGGGGAGAGCACCAGAGGGCGCUAGGUCUUUAAUGAAGGAUGCUAUGGAUCAGGAAAAGCAAGUGCUGAGGUAGACAGUGACCGACUUCAUAUUAUUAUUAGAUAAGCAUUUUGGUUCGGGUAUCAAUUUUUUGCCAUUUGCUUUUUAACGACAUUCGGAUAUAUGAAAAUAUUUCUUUUUUUUUAUAUAACAAAAUCGUGUAUAAUAAUCGUGUAAUAAUACCAAAUUGUAACAUAAUAAAAGCCAUUUGAAGCUAUCAAUGUAA